ACCGCCUUUGAGAAUUUUGCCGGUAAAACAUCGUACAAAUUUUUCAGUGUUUUUAUUUUGAGAAACACCGUGAAAAUCUAAUCUUCAUAUACUUGGAUUCCCGAACAAUGUUUUUUUCAUCGUGUAUAAUGUGAAAUUGAAGACGUUAUAGCGCGACCUAAUCAAUAUCAUCUAUUAUUAAUUUUAUUUUGUUCAUUUUAUUUUAUCGGGUUUUCACAAUAUAAUUUAUAUGAACAGCAGUGAGUUACGCUUACGGGGCCUAGAGAGAAUCGGACCUAUCAUGUGGACAACAUAUCAAAUCAAUUAGAAAUUCACGUGAAGUGCAUAACAGAUCCUUGGACUAUUUUUCGGCUAGGUUGGUAAAAAGUUCUCCCCGCGCAUGUUCCGCCCCGCUCGUUUAACUUGCGUUUGAUCAACCCUGUGGAUAGCAGUUACUGCUUCCGUGCUGUUUAAGACACUACGUGCUCGUUGCGCGCUCAUAACAUCAAAUAAUUUUAUUGACUCAAGUAACCUUGAACACAAGUUGCUGGUUUGCCGAUUAACUCGUGUCUGAUUGAAAUGCAAAUCAGUCCUGGGAAAUACUGUUGUUGUAAUGGAUAACAAAACAAGCCAGGAUAGAGACAAGCCGGGCAACGAAGAUCCAUCCACCUCUGAAGGUGAUGCAUCCAAGAGAGCCCGUCCUUCAAAUGACACUUCUAGUUGUCAUUCAAUAUCCUCAGAAGAGGAUGAGAACCGGUCUUCACCACCACACAGUAAGAGGCGUAAGAAAACAGAACGAUCCUCAUCUCCACAACCGUCGGGCUCGCAAACUCAGACCUCUGCAAUGAAUAGUACGAACGAUAGUGAUAUGAUGCACUUUACCAUAAAAACCUUGGAUUCCAGAGACCAUCCAUUCGAUUUGGACAACAAUAUCACAGUGCUGCAACUCAAACAUGAGAUCCACGCGCGGAUGGGUAUAAAUGUCAAUAUGCAAAGAUUGAUAUUUUGCGGUAGAGUUUUACAAGAUGAGAAAAAACUGGCCGAUUACAACGUGGCGGGCAAAGUAGUGCACUUGGUCGAGCGGGCUCCAAAUAGCCUCCGCGGCCCGGCGCGGCCGCCCUCCAACCCCAAUCCCAACGUGGACCCCAACGAGACCACAUUCUCGAUCCAGGAACAAGAAUAUCUGUUCUCACCGAAUCACUCGCCCACAAUGACGAGAAUUCUCUGCCUCAAAACACUACUCAGGACUCUACGCACAUCAAUCAAAGCGUGCAAAGCCACCGAUCCGGACCAAGACAGCUCAAGUUCGAGCGAAGAAUCGGAUGAGGAAGAUGCAUAUGGGCCUUAUCUUCAAAGGGCCAGGACACACUCGCGCCCCGCGGACCUCGCGGACCUGUCGGACCAGUUGCAUGAUCUUGAAGAGCAGUUCGAGCCGUACAGGGAGCAGUACAUGCUGUGUUUGCGGGAAGCCAACGACCCCAGUAUCACGCUAAGCGAGCGUACAUUGCAACGCCGUCAGCGGCUGUCGGACCGCGUUCGCGCAGUGUUCCACCACCUCAGCCACGCGUACCAUUUGUUGAGCGAUAUCAACUUGCUACUGUCGCACAAUGCUUCGCGGCUCACGUCUGAGAUGCUGGUCGAGAAUCGGCCCCUGUCACCCAUUCAGGCUCAGGUAAACGUGGUCUCAACAAAUCGCUCCGGCCAUCGGGGUGGCACAGCGUCUGCCCAACAUGGUCAUAGGUCAAAUAGCCAAUUCACAAACUCGGGCCAAGCUGCAAGUAAUCAAGGGCAAGCCAGAUCUUCGAGUCAAACCACAAACUCGAACGCCAGAAACUUGAAUCAACCUACAGGUUGGAGCAGAGGCCAAAUGAACCAAGAUACUAGUGGAAAUCGCGCGACAGCGUCUGACAACACAAAAACAGACACAGACGAACAAGCCAUGAACCUAGAUCCCGCAGAAGGUUCCGGCCGAGCUACGGGCGGAGCUCCAAACAAAGAUGAAGACCCAAAUGUGGAUCGCACAGCAGCCCAUUCCGCUGGCUCCAAUCAAUCGACAAACACAAACAAUAAGGACGCUAAAAAUCAGAAUCAAACGACAAACUCGAAUCCGAAUGCGAACCAGAACCAGAACCGGGGCCGUAACCCGAAUCAGCCGACAGUAAACAUAGAAGUGCACGACCCAAUCACGGUACAAGUGCAGAUCGAAACGCGCGUGCCAAUCCCACUCCAACCGAUGAUGGGCAACAUGGACCAGCGCGGUCAGAACGCGGCCCGAAACCCAAACCAGGACGCGCGCGCAAACCAGCAGGGAAACCAAGGUAACGAGGGCAAUGAUGGCAACCAACAGGCCCCGGGAAAUCAAGGGAGUCAGCCGAAUCAAGCGAACCGGGACAGCCAAGGCGACGAAUCCGACAGGAACCGAAUCGGCCUCAUGAUGCUAGAUCAUUUCCGCGAAGUGUUGAAUCACGUGAGGCAGGAGCCUCUAUCAGAUUUAGAUGACGAUGACGAUGAUGAUGACGAUAUCGUCGAACUUAGGUCAGGCACAUUGAAGGAUGAACACGUAUCCUUUUACACUGUUUUGCGUGAAAUCAAUAAAACUCUAGAGAAUUCACCUCAAGUCGGUCCCAUGAAACACAACAUACGUAAUGCAACCGGAACUCACCGUGGUAAUACAAAACGUAGCGACCAACAUUCGAUGAGCAAUAAGUCGCAAAAAAAAGAAGGUAAACAUAAGAAAGUUAACGAUAAAAAGACAAAGGGACAGUCACAGGUUCAACAAAGGGAAGUAGCAGUUCAAAGUACUUCCAACGAAGAAAGCGUUAACAACCCAGUAGAAAUGUCGGAACCCCAAACUAAUAAUGUUGCCACUAAUGUCACUACCCUGGCUGGAGAUGACACAUCAGACCCACAUUUUAAAUUUUACUAUGUGCUGAAAUAUCUACAUGCACAAACACAAGAAGGCAAGCCCGUAGAGGCCAUAGUUAUACUACAAAAGGAGGAAUCUAAUGAUUCCAACAGGAACUCUGAUCAGAAUAAUCAGACUGAUAAUGUUAGUAGCAAUAUUCCGCCAGAUGAUAGUCAUCAGACUGAUCAGACAGUUCAGAAUGACCAACCAGAUACUGCUGAUCAGAACAAUCAGAAUAGUGCGAACGAUCACUCCAACCGAAACCAUGAUGAGAGUCAAACUGAUAAGAAGGAGCAGCCCGAUAAAAAAGGCUGUAACAGCCAGACUAAACGACAGAACGAUCAGAAAAAUCGUAAUAUUAAUAAAGACACGAAUGAUCAGACUGAUCAGAAAGGCCAGAACAGUCAAAAAGAUCAGAACAUUGAAAUGGAUCAGAACGGCCAGAAAAUCGAUCAUGGUCAAACGACUCGGACUAAUCAAUGCGAUCAAAUCGAUGAGGCCGAUUCCGCCACUUCGAUUGAACAGACCAGUCAGACACAUUGUCAUUCUAAUAAAAAGAAUAAUAAAGCCGAACACUCAAAUUGUAAAACUACUAAGGAAGAUCCAAUGGAGUGGAGCCAGUCUAAUCAGAACGAUCAGGCCCCUUCAAGCAAUGCGCCAGGUACGAACAAUCAGACCUCACGCAAUAACCAGACCCAACAAAACAAUCGUGCAAAAAACAGCAACCAAUCUACUGGGAAUAAUCAGUCCCACCAUAGUCAUUCUUCAAAUCAGAAUAAUCAAAGUAAUCAGACUCGCCAGCGAAAUCAGUGCAGUCAGGCCAAUCCGACCGACAAACCCGGCCCAAGCAAUCAAAGCCAGUCUAAACAGCGUCAAGAAAAAGUCGAUUGUUCUCAACAAGAGCGCGAAUCAAACAUUGACCGCCAAAAUCGACCCCACUCUUGUCGCGAUGCUAAUGCAAAUGCUAGAAAGGUUCAGAGAGCAAAAAAUAAACGGCCCAAGCGGCGUGAAGUACGCAGAAAUUCCGCACGGAUUGCUCACCUUACCACACUUCGCCGGCGACUACAGAUGCCGGAUUUCCAGUUUAACGGUUUAGGAGCAGGUGAGAUCGGCGGCUUUGAGGUCGUUGUAAACAUGGAUGAUGCCUCGGGUGGCGCUACUGGUGGAACAAAUAUAUCUGGAGGCACCAUGCCGCGGAGAAAUCUAACUGCAGACCAGAUUUUAGACGAUGGCAAUAUAUACGUUGCCCAUAUGAACGGAGCGCAAUCGAGCGCUGAGGUUAUACAACAGGUGAUGGGCUCGAUUAUACGCCAAGGUCUUGUACCGGGCGUUACAUCUGACGCUCAUGUUAUGCACGUGUACGUACCCAACAUGGGCCAAAAUUCCGGUUCCACCUCUGCAAAUCCCACGAAUGAUCAGACAGAGGAUCAACCAAACCGGAACCAGAAUCAGAAUGAAAAUGAGAAUCAGAAUCAAAGUGAAAAUCAGAGCCAGAAUCCAAGUGAAAAUCCGACCCAAAAUCAGAAUCAGAAUCAGAAUGAAACUGGCAAUCAGCAAGAUCAAGCUCAAAGACAGUCUCAUUGGUCAUCGCGUGUGCAUAGGCAGCGGUUUGCGACCCGUGCCAAUCACAAUAUGUUCCGCCGCCUACACAAUUCCUAUGCCCGCCACUACACAGUGCCAUUGGAGAAUGUCAUAUAUGACCGCUUCCUACAAUGUACCAGCUUUAUGGGAAGAGAAGCUGCCCGGCUGAGCCACCAUACUAGAAGCCAUGAGCCGGGCCUAGUCUACCGCCCCGAAUGUACUAUGGGACAAAUUCAGAACAACGUGGAAAUGCUCUAUAAUCACUAUACAAGGAAUCCGUUGUCGCCCAAUCGUCUCCUAAUUGCUCUGACGAUACUGUUGCGCGAGUCCAGCUCGUUCACCACGGGGCGGUUCCUAGCGCCCCACGAGCUGGUGCCGCUGCGGCAGCCGCUGUCCGAAUACGCGCACCAGGUGCUGGGGCGCGAUUUCAACCCGGCGGACGGCGAUGAGCUCAUUGAUGGAAUAUUCCAGAGAAACGCGGCUUUCCUCCGGCGCGUGCCCGAAAUAACGCCAAUGCGCCAGAACGUGGACAUAAUUGAGACAAUGCGCGGCGUCCUGUCGCGCUUCAUAAGUCAAGUCAUGUACUGCGUGACUAUACACAGCCCGGAGAUAUUCUUCGACCGGUUCCGCUUGAUCUUCCCUAGGAUGUUCCUGGAACUGUGCGGCUACAUGUCGUACUGCUGCCUUGAAGGCACGGAAGGUCUUAGGACUAUUUACAGAUCUUUUAUUAUCGACGUUGUCAGCGAUGUAGACGAAACAAUCAGAGAUUUGUUAAUGAGCGUUAGCAUGGACAAUAUAUUCGGCUUCCUCAACCGCGUACAGAAUUGCCGUCUACGGAACAUACAAUUUGUGAGAAUGCUGCCUGGCACAGGCGCCGAAGGCGAACAAACGAAUGAAGAAGCACGCGCACAAGCUAGCGGAGAGACGAGUGCACAGGCUAGUGCUCAGGCUAGCGCACGGGCUAGUACACAGGCGAGUGAACAGAGAAGUGCACAGACAAGUACACAGGCGCAGAGAAAGGCGCAGACAAAUACACAGACCAGUGCGCAGACAAGUGCGCAGGCGAGUGGGGAACCAAGCCGGCAGAGAAACGAUAGCGCCGCUGAAGCGAGAUCUCGCAUACCAACUGAGAGUCACGCCGGAAGGCGUAGACCACAUGAAACGAUAUACGAUAGCGAGGAUGAUAGCCCACGCGUUGGGCUGGACAACGGGAUGAUUGACAGGAACGAGCCUUUCGUUGAACAUUUAUUCGGACAGAUACGCGAUCGUCUGCGUACCUUCGUUAAUGAGGAGAUCGACUUGACACGGGGCGAUGACGACGAGCCAAUGAGAAUUAUAAACGUGCCACCUCACGUUUUGUCGAUCCCGCUACCUACGGGAGGAUUCCCGUCCGGAGUAAGGAUUCCACCAUCCGCAUCGCCCAGGCCACCGACGAGCAACGGCGACGCUAAUGACGCGGUGCCCUGUAUAUCGAUCAGUUCCAGCAGCGGGGAUGACUCUAACAGCUCGACCAGCAGCAGACUAUGCCAGCCAUCGAAAUCAGACCAUCAGCCGAUGUCAUCAUCGGCCGAUUCACAAUCGUCGGUGGAAGAGAAUUACGUGCCACCGGCGAACAUCCGGCAGCACUGGGGCGAGGAGUGGGAGCCGACGUUCCGGCGCGACCGGCAGGCGCAGAGCGGCGCGCAGGCGCACGCGCAGCCGCCCAGCGACGCGUACAUGUCCGGUAUGCCAUCUAAGAAGCGUCGUUGCGUACGCCAAUCGCGCCCCCCCACGACACUGAACGGCUUCAUACAGGAGAGUAUGGGAGAGGUGAACGUAAGCAUGGAUGGCGUGGCCGAAGACGACAGGGUGCGGGCGAUGUUCAAUGAGCACUUCCGCGAUCUAGCUCGCUCUAGGGCCGAAAACUCCGUCGACUAUAGCGCCAGGCGGUUCCCCGGCGUGGGGAUAUUCCUGCGCGGUUCCAGCACUACGGACCCGAAUGCACCGCUUCCCGACUUCUCCGAUUCUUCGGAAGGUCUCUAAGCCGGAUGAUAAAUACGAGGGAAAUGCAGCACUUCGCUAUCACUUAGUAUAUAAGAUUUAAAGAAAAACUGACAUGACGUUGUGUUUUAACACUAUUCUCUGAUUGGUCGACUCUCGGAUUCUACGUUUACAAGAUUUUGACUCCUAAGCUUCUGGAGGUCAAAUAAUUCAGGACUAGAUUUUUAAUGCCUGACUAAUACAUGGAGAUUAGCUUGAAGAGUUUUGAGCCAGAAAUGUCAGGAAUUUUGAUCUUACCUUCUAUAUAUUCUUAAUACGUCCUUUCAAACGGAUAUGACAAAUUGGAUAUAAGACAUUACUCGGACUUACAUACACGGACUUACAUAAAAUACAUGAACUAUGUAACCUAUAUUGUUAUAUAACCUAUAACAAUAAAUACGCCAGUAAUAAAACUACAUGUCAAUUUAAUAAUUACUCAAUACACGCUGUUUCUAUAUACCUAGUGGAUAGAAACAUCUUGUAUGUUGCUACAUGGAUUUUGCUGCCCCCCGCACGUCUGCCGCUCUACCUAAAAUGAUACUUAAUUUUGACACCAGCUCGUUAAGACUAUCACUUAACGGCCACUCAAAGUUGAGUAACGUUUAAUAAACUUAGCAUAAAAAGUAGCAUAAAAUUGGGGGCCCAUUUUUUCCUUGUCUAAUCCGAGGUUGUGGUAUAGAAUAUGCUAAUGUCUAUAAUGAUUUCUGUAAAACAAUCACGUUGAAUGGAAAGCGUGGGCCUCGAAAUUAUUUCAUAUUGAUUUUCCAACUGCAAAGUGAAUAUGAUAUAAUGUUUAUAUGUAUAUUGAAGUACUCGUUGAACGUAAUUUAAAAAUUAUUCAAGCCUAUUUAAAUGUAAUCCCAAUUAGAGUUACAUUAUAGAUAAACGAUAAUUUAAAACAUAUUUAAUCACCAAUACAUUAUUAAUGUUAAUGCUACUUAAAUCUAAUGUUACACAAUUGUAAAGCUUAAGACUUUCAGCGUUGGGCUUAAGUUUCCUUAUAUGGUUUUAAAUUUACUUCGAAAAUGGUUCUUUUAAUAUUAUCUGUAUAGUUGGGGUUGUACAGAGGUGCAUGUCAAGUAUUAGGUGUUCUAGGAUUCUGGUGUCGGUUGUAUAGGUUACCUACCUACCUUUAAAGGGCUAAAUAUUUAUUGUUUUUAACUAAUUUUAGUUCGUUUUUGAGGCACAAGAGACUAUGUAAAUUAUGUUGGUCAUUUUAGAGUCAAUAUGAGGUUAUUUUAGUGAUCUAUUCUAAAUUGCCGCCAAUUAUUGUAUUAUCAAUUAAGUUAACGUUAUGUGCAUACUUAAAUGGGUUGUUUAAAUUUAAGUUAAGUUAAUUUGAUUUGCAUUCCAUUCGCUUGCAAUUUAUUUCGUAGUAAUUAAUUUGCGGAAUGGAAAUAUACGAGAGCAAGGCGACAUCGAUGGAGCUACGCAACAGUUUUGGCGGGACAUAUGUUUUUGUUGUAUCUGCUCGGUUUAUAAAAUUACCAUAAUUUCAAAAUUAUUUAUUUAAUUUUUUUAAAUGCAUGAAAUUUUAAGUGUAAAAAUUACGGAUUCAUUUGAUUUCACCAUUUACUAAAUUAAUGAAUCAAAUUGUAAUUUUAGUGUUAUUAUUAAGGAUAUAAUGUAAGAGUUUUGUCGCAUCUAUGUGACCUGGGUGUUUUAUGAAUAUUAUUGAAAAUAAAUGU